CUCGUGCUCUUGCAGGGGGUACACGAGUCCAGGGGCGUGACUGAGGACUACUUGCGCCUGGAGACGCUGAUCCAGAAAGUGGUGUCGCCGUACCUGGGCACCUACGGCCUCUGCUCCAGCGAGGGGCCCUUCACCCACUCCUGCAUCCUGGAGAAGCGCUUCCUGCGCCGCUCUCGCGCGGGGGACAUGCUGGCCAAGAACCCGGUGGUGCGCUCCAAGAGCUACAACACGCCGCUGCUGAACCCCGUGGCCGAGCACGAGGCGGAGGGCGCCGCGUCCGGCGGCACGAGCAUCCGCAGGCACUCCGUGUCCGAGAUGACGUCCUGCCCCGAGACCCAGGGCUUCUCCGACACGCCCAGCCAGGGCCCUGUGGGGGCCUUCAGGUCCUCCCCGGCGCCCCACUCGGGGCCCUGCCCCAGCAGACUGUGCCCCCCCAGCCAGCCCCCCGAGCACAGCCCGGGCCCAGCCCACGGCUCUCCGCCCUCCUCCAGCCCCGAGAACCUGGUGGACCAGAUCCUGGAGUCCGCGGACUCGGAUUCCGAGGGGAUUUUCAUUGACUUUGGCCGGGGCCGCGGCUCGGGGGUGUCCGACUUUGAGGGCCCCGGGGGCCAGCAGAGUGUCGUGUGAGGGCCUCGGGGUGGCCUCGUUUUUACUGACCCCCACGUAUGCGUGUCCUUGUGUGUGCGAGA